UCCGCCCCGAGCCGUCCCCACACGCCCUGCCUCCUCUCCCAGCGAAUUUAAUCGGUGAAAUGUUUUUUGUAUUUUCGUCGCGGAGCAGCGGAGGAGACUCCGGCGAGAAAAAAAGGGGGAAGGCAAGAAGUGAAUGACUACUAGUGGGAUAAGUCGGCAACGCCGCCCAGUUGGCGGACAUUUAUCAAGGUGGGCACGACACUCGGGCUUUUAAAUGUAGCAGCUGGAGGAGAAACCAAGUGCGCACCGUUAUUUAUUCAGAGCGGCGGACUUUUCAUUGGCAGCGAUGGAAAGUGUGCAGGCUGUUGCUGAGGACGGCGCGUCGGAUGGAGGCGCGACGAAGUUAAUGAAGAAGCCCAGCGGACUGUCUGUCGCCCGGGGGACUCCGGCGGAUGAUGGCGGUGGACGCUUGGCAGCCUCCCGCGCAGAGGCGAAGAACGGGACCAGCCUCUCUCAUUCCGCCACCACGGCGGCGUCGAGUGCGUCGAGCCGAGCCGCGUCUGCGCCUAAUGGCCGGGGCUCGUCCAGCAACUCCGGCUCGCUUCUGUUGAGACGGCGGCGCUUGAAGAGGAACCUCUCCGCCGCCGCCGCGGCCACCGCCGCCGCCUCGGCUGUCACCGCCGCCUGCGGCUCCAAGAUGAGCUCGGCCCUGUCCUCCGCGUCUCUGCACACCCGGAGUCUGGACAGGAAGACCCUGCUGAAGCACCGGCAGAACAUGCAGCUGCAGCCCGCCGACCGCGAGUGGGUGAGGGCAGAUCUCCACCGGGGCUCCGUGCACGUCCACGACAGACGGACGCCGUCGUAUCCCAGACCGGUCCUUUGCACUAUGGACACCACGGCCGGCGAGGUGGCGCUCCGGCUGAGCAAACUCUGCGGCAAGUCGAGCUCCGUCAUGCGCAUUUUCUGCAAAGACAGCCCCAAGACUGACCAAAAUGGCAACUGCAACGGGAAGUACGACUACGGCGAAAACCCGUGCAAGGCGAUGGAAGACUCGAGCAUGAACUGCGACCACCUCGCUCCCCUGGAGUCCACACACCUGAGGGGUCACCCGCGCGACAGGCUGAGGCUGCUGCUCAUGGAGGACGCAGGCGAGCGGCAAAAGCAACAGGACGUCGAUGGGAAACUUUUCACCCCCGAGUCGGAGUCGCAGGACAUCAUCACCUGCUCCCUGUCCGAUUUAAACUCCAACUCCAACAUGGAUACCCCCAACGAUGAUGAUGAUGACGACGACGACGACGACGACUCGGAGCACAGGAACGGAGUGGACUGCUACGGGCUGAACUCCGGCUCCGACGUGGAGAGCAGCGCGUUCGAUGACCUGAGCUCCGGGGCGAGGCUCAGCGAGCACAGGGACUCCCUCAGCGACGACAUGAUCCUGGGCACGGAGGCGUCCAUCCUCAGCCCCGCGUUCGACAGCGCCACGGAGGGCCACGACACGUACGGCAGCUCCUCGGACGAGCUGGAGCUCGACGGCCCCGCGUCCGGCGCGAGCAUGGGCCCCGGGUCCCAGCACCGCGCCGGGGGCCUCCCCGCUGCCGGCUACAAGCAGUGCGGCGUGGGGCUUUUAAACGACAACGCGGGCCCAGGGAGCAGAGUGAGCCCACACAGCCUGGGCAGCCUGCCAACCAGCAGCAGUGCCGACUCAUUGUCGAGAGCCUGUUCUACAGGUAAUACACCUGACAUCCAAGACCCGGACUGUGGCCCGGGUGCCGCCACGCCAGAGGCGCGCAAUGGGAACUCCUGCCCCACGCUGUAUGUGCAGCUGCACGGCGAGGCUGUCAGGAGGCUCAGCCCAGAUGAGAGGCCCCUGCAGCUCCAGAACGACUUUCUGUUUAAGCUCGGAUUUAAGGACCCUUGGAGAGUUCAAGAGGAAGGGCUUAACACGGAGAUUGGCUCCUUGUUACGUUUUUACGCAGGAAAACCCCAAAGCAUUGAGAACUCAGAGCGGGUGCAGCUGUCGGGGACAUACAACGUUCGCAAAGGGAAGCUUCAGCUACCGGUCAACCGAUGGACCAGGCGGCAGGUCAUCCUCUGCGGCACAUGCCUCAUCGUCUCCUCAGUGAAGGAGAGCCAGACAGGGAAGAUGCACAUCCUGCCGCUCAUUGGAGGAAAAGUGGAGGAGGUGAAGAAGCACAAUCACUGUUUGGCCUUCAGCUCGGCGGGGCCUCAGAGUCAAACCUACUACGUCAGCUUUGACAGCUUCACGGAGCACCUGCGCUGGCACAGACAUGCUGCCAAGAUGGUGUCCCAGAGAAUAAACUCGGUAGACCUGUCUUGCUGCAGCCUGGAGCAACUCCCUACCAAUCUCUUCUACAGCCACGACCUUACCCACCUCAACCUCAAACACAACUUCCUGCCUGCAGACCAGCGGCUUCAGCAGCUGCAGAGGUUUUCCCGUCUGCGAAGCCUCAACCUGUCCAACAACCACCUCGGUCAGUUUCCACUCGCCAUCUGCGACAUCUCCACCCUGACGGAGGUCAACAUCAGCUGUAACUACCUGGCCUCUGUCCCCAGCUCCGUGGGAGCUAUGACCAAUUUGCAGACGUUCCUCUUGGAUGGCAACAGUCUCGAUGAGCUGCCCAGUGAGCUGGGUUCCCUCCAGAGGCUGAGCUACUUAGGCCUUUCCUUCAACCAGUUCGACCACGUCCCCCAGGUGCUGGAGCGCUUGGCCUCCAUGGAGAAGCUGUGCAUGGCGGGCAACAACCUAGAAACACUCACCCUGCAGAAUUUCAGACUGCUCCGAGUCAAACACAUCGAUUUAAGGCUGAAUAAAAUCUCCAGCAUGGUGCCGGAUGAGCCUGACCUGCUGAGGCACGUGACCCAGCUGGACGUGAGGGAUAACAGGCUGACGGACCUGGACGCCUCAGUCUUCCCUAGACUGGAGGUACUUCACUGCGAGAGAAACCGCAUCGCCAGCCUCAAGGCCAAGGGCUGCUUGCUCAAAGGCAUCUACGCAUCCAACAACGAGCUACGACAACUAGAUGUCAGUCCUGUGCCCUCCAAUCUUAGUUGCAUGGAUAUCUCGAGGAACCAUAUGGAGUCCUUGCCAGACUGGCUGUGUGAAGCGAAGAAACUGGAAGUUCUGGACGUGAGCCACAACCUCAUCACCGAGCUCCCGGCGCGGUUGUUAUGCAGCAACAGUCUUAGGAAGCUGAGUACAGGACAUAACCAGUUGCAGAAGCUGCCUGAAAGAGUGGAGCGCCCUCUGCUGGAGGUUUUGGACGUACAGCACAAUCAGCUGGUGGAGCUGCCUUGCAACCUGUUCCUCAAAUCUGACAGCUUACGAUGCCUAAACGCAUCAGCCAACAAGCUGGAGCACCUGCCACCUUCGAGCCUGUCAGAGGAAAGUCACAGCAUCCUGCAGGAGCUCUACCUCACCAACAACCGGCUGACGGACAAGUGUGUCCCCAUGCUCACUGGCCACUCACACCUCCGAGUUCUGCACAUGGCCUACAACCACCUCCAGACGUUCCCCGCCAGUAAAAUGGCCAAGUUGGAGGAGCUGGAGGAGGUGGACCUGAGCGGAAACAUGCUGAAGUCUGUGCCCACCACCAUCAUGAACUGCCGGCGCAUGCACACGCUCAUCGCCCAUUCCAACACCGUCGAGGUCUUCCCCGAGGUCAUGCAGCUGAUGGAUAUGAAAUGCGUGGACCUGAGCUGCAAUGAGCUGAGCGAGAUCACUCUUCCAGAGAACUUGCCUCCCAAGCUUCAGGAGCUGGACCUGACCGGGAACCCUCGCCUCAAUCUCGACCACAAGACCCUCGAGCAGCUCAAUAACAUCCGCUGCUUCCGUAUUGAUCCGCCUCCGACCUUUUCGUCGAACGAGGCAUCUGGUGGGCCUGCUGUGUGGAGCCAUGGUUACACAGAGGCCUCGGGCGUCAAGAACAAGCUGUGCGUCGCGGCCCUCUCAGUGAACAGUUUCUGUGGGAGUCGCGAGGCUCUGUACGGUGUGUUCGACGGGGACAGGAACGUGGAGGUGCCGUACCUUCUUCAGUGCACGAUGAACGACGUGUUGGCCGAAGAGCUUCACAAGACCAAGAGCGAAGAGGACUACAUGACCAACACCUUCCUCGUCAUGCAAAGGAAACUUGGAACCGCGGGCCAGAAGCUGGGUGGCUCGGCAGCUCUGUGUCACAUUCGCCACGAUCCCACUGACCCCGGUGGCUGCUUCACCCUCACAGCUGCCAACGUGGGCAAGUGCCAGGCCAUCCUGUGCCGUGACGGGAAGCCACUGUCGCUGUCCCUGCUUCACAAUGUGGGGCUGGAGGAGGAGUACCGCAGGGUCCGGCAGCACAGGGCCAUCAUCACAGAGGACAACAAGGUGAAUGGCGUGACCGAUUCUACGCGGAUCAUGGGCUACUCCUUCCUUUACCCAUCCGUCAUCCCUUGUCCCCACGUGCAGACCGUCACUCUCACAUCCCAGGAUGAGUUUUUCAUUCUGGGCAGCCGCGGCCUGUGGGACACCGUGUCCCCCACCGAGGCUGUAGAGGCCGUUCGAAACGUCCCCGACGGCCUGGCUGCUGCCAAGAAGCUGUGCACGCUGGCGCAGGGAUAUGGUUGCACAGACAGCCUCAGCGCGGUGGUGGUCCAGCUCAGUGUGAGCGAAGACUGCUGCUCCUGCUGCUGCUCUGAGCCCCCGCAGCCACCUCCCAGCCCCGGCUUGGGCGCCUACCCCUCGUCGACCUCGGCCAUCAAGGAGCGGCCCUCGGAUGGCUCCCUCCCUGUGCCCCCUUCCUCCUGCAGCGAAAUCAGCAGCGAGAUCAGUACCAGCGAGAUGAGCAGCGAGGUGGGUUCCACGGCCUCGUCCGAUGAGCCUCCGCAAAGCUCCUUGGUGCUGCUGCACGACCAGCCCAACCAUCCGCACCUCCACCUGCACCAUCAGGCCCACGCGCUGUCCUUACAGCAGCAGCAGCAGGUCCACACAGCCACUCAGCCCUGUCAGUACCUGUUCCCAAGCUCUGAGCUGCCCUCCGCCCGCAGCUGCUGUGCCCUCCACCCCGCCUGCUUGGCAGGCUCCUUCCAGAGGCAGCUAUCCAGUGCCACGUUCUCCAGCGCCCUGUCAGACAACGGGCUGGACAGUGAAGACGAGGAGCCCAUCGCGGGUGUCUUCUCUAACGGGAGCCGCGUGGAAGUAGAGGCGGAUGUCCACUGCCUCAAAGCAGAGCUCUCCUCCUCUUCACCACCCCAAACGUCGUUACCCUCGUCCGCCGGCCAGGAGCGCACCAUGUUGACUCUCCCCCCACCUCCUCCGCCUCCCCCUCCGUGCACCCCGGAGCCCCUGGAGGAAGGGGUCGACAUGAGCCUCGGCGAGGUGGAGAACGGGCUGGAGAGGGACGAGUCGUGGCAGGGAGUCGGGGAUGGAGGGAAGUCGGCAGGUAAGAGGAGGGUCAACGGGUCGGUGGCGCGCCAGGAAAAGAGCCACAACCUCAUCGAGGUGGCCGCCGAUGCGCCCUCGAGGAAACCUGGGGGCUACUUCACGGCCCCGGCCCAGCCCGACCCAGACGACCAGUUCAUCAUCCCCCCUGAGCUGGAGGAAGAGGUUAAGGAAAUCAUGAAGCAGCAUCAGCAGAAACAGCAGAAGCCGCCUGGGACCGAUCAGCCCAUGGACUACUACGACACCCCUCUCUGAACACCGACUACAGCCUCAUCUCCCUUCCAAGCGGCAGCAUGCACAGAAGCCUACAUAUCGACCCAACCGACUCCGAUCCUCCCCCCAAAUGUGGUCAUUUACAGAAUGAGAUUCCUCAAAGAGGCUGUCAAAUGCACAUGAAAGCCUUCCAGCUCGACACAGCCUUAUCCUGCACUGUAACUGCUCCUCCUGUUUUUACCUAAAGCAACUCAUAGAAUAAGAAAAACAAGCAAAUGAGCCCUUUAACGAUACUCGGCCCUCUUGAAAAGCGAAGGCCCCGUGGACACGGCUCCUGGUGUCCGCGGUCGUGCCCUUCUCAACGACUGGAACAUUCUUUCUUUUUUUUCUACCUUGAGACGACCGGCUGAGUAUGUAACCAACACUAAGUCUCUUUGCAAUAGCAUUAGCUCGCCACAACACUUGUUAAUAUUGACAACAAUUACAUGGUUUGUUUGUUUGUACCUUUGUUUGUUUUGUAAGAACUUACCAUAUCUUUUAAUGUGAAAGCAGAGAAGUUUGCUGAAAGAACUUUUUAAAAAACCAGAGACACAUAAUCUUUUUAUUAUCAGUGAACUAUGUGGAAUGGUACACUAGUAAUACCACUGUUGUAGAUAGGGCACUUAAAAAUACUGUAUUUCUUCAGUAAAUCAUGGCUCUUGGCCUGGAAAAUGGCAUAGAAAAUUUUUGUAGAAAUUUUGAAUACUAACUCCUAGGAGUUGCAUACUCUUUAUGGUGACUCCGUCACUUUUACUAAUCUUCUCUGAGAGAAAUGGUGAUUUUGUUUUUUUUGUUUUUUUUUCCUCCAAAUUAUUGUAAAUAAGAGAAAUGUUGUAUACUGACGCGUUUAGAGGAACUGCAUACCCGUCUGUCGGUGAAAGUUGUGAUGGUGGGGAGAGUUUUCAAGAGCUUUGCUGUUAUGGAGGUGUCACUCCCCUUUUAUCUUACAAAGUACUAGUCCCACGCACAUAUGAAACACACACACACAAAUCAUGUUUAUGUGCAAUUGCAGGUCAGACACCCCUGCAUCCCAUGCAAUAAACCAUCACUGUAUCUAAUGAACACUAAUAGACAGAUCUUUGCAUGCACACUUGCAUGCAUGCACAUACAGUACGCACGCACACACACACACAGAUACACACAAACAUAUACAUGGACGCCCACAGGUUUAUAUUAGUCCCAGCUCCGCUCCCUCCUACAGUAACUGUUAUCACCGGCAUGACUGUGUCAAGUUCAGUAAUACAAACAAAUAUAUCCACAUGGAAAAGUGACAACACAACAUGUUCCUGUCUUUGGUAUAAUAAAUUUUAAAUUUGUGAAUAUAA